AUGGCACCCCGAAACAGUCAACGCCCUCUACUAGGUGUUUGGACCGAGCAAUCAUCUCGGGACUUCUACAGAAGCAUUCAAGUACUGGGAAGUCAGCUGAGAUCGGGCCAGAGUCCACAGAAGCCGAAAGACUACAGGAACGUAGCAACUCCAAAAUCGACUGGUUACUUACUCUCGUUCGAGGAAGAGCUUCUUCUUGCGGAUCACUUCGCUUUCAUAGCUCAUGCAGUGGAUGACAACAAGUACGUUUCAGCGGCCACGAUCGAGGAAGGUAAAGACACAACUAGUUAUACCGUCAGAAUUGCCUCGAAUCGGACCUUGAAGCAAACCGUCCAAGACAGAUUAGCACGCAUCAUUGAAAUUGUGAAGAAGCACGCGGAAACUGGAAGAGACCGAGAAGAAUUCAAAACAAGACUGUUCCAUGAAAUAGUCGUUCUCAGUCAGCAGCGUAUUUAUGGUCGAAUUCGGACUACCCAAUGGAGCGGGCCACGUCAAAAAUGCGCAGCAAGAAAACCCUCCCUACAUCAUAUGAUCGGCAGGGAACUUGCUGCGAUACGAACAUCAAAAUUACCCGCCAGUGAGGCUAUUAAGAUACUUUGUUCAGAUCUAGUGCAUUUACGAGAUGCUCUUGAGAGAGUUGACAAAGGCACUCCACAAGAUCAACUGUCUCUCUUGAAAGAAGCACUCAUCAAAAGCCAUCGAGUCUCAAACCAUGGAGGUUACAAGUCUCUCGAAAAUAGGCUUAAACAUAUUGGCUUCGGUGUCGAUAUAUCGGGAAGUGCACAAGUGCAGAAGAUAGAAAAGUUGAGUAAAUACUGGCAAUGCUGCGAGGACUUUAUUCAUUUCAGCCGAGAUCCAAAAACCAGACCCUUUUGUAAGAAUUUGAAACUCGAGAUUUGCCAGGCACCACCAUCGAGAAAACCAGUCGGGUCAGAAGAAUCGUGCUUUGUGCACGGGGAAGUACAAUUGGCAUUGUACUAUGAGCAACACCCUUCGAAAUUACCUCCACAAGCUUUAGGAUCGAGCAAAUCCGCUUGUUGUCUUUGUGACCUGUUCAUCGCUCAUCAUGGCAAACUUCGAAUGUCGCAUUCUCAUAUGAGACUAUAUUCCAAAUGGACGAUACCACAGUGUGAAAGUUUUAGUCAAGAGCAGUGCCAAAGACUCAGGUCGAUCAUAGUGUCUGUGAUGAAGGAUAUCCGCCAAUUUCAGGUUAUGAGAAGUCAGUAUUACUUCAAUUCAAACGCGGAGAGUAUGGCGCACCUUCCACGAUUUUUGAGGUCCGAGGAUAUGGCUCCUUCGGAAUUGAGCUCUGUACUGCAACUUCAAGAGAUUGUGAAUCCGGUUAUUCAGAUACAGAGUGGUAGUGAGGGCAGUUCGUCAACAGCCUGUCUCACUUCAGUAAUCGAUCAUGCAGUCACUAAGGAUAUCCACAGGCCGACUUCAAUAACCGACCUUCCCAACACAGAAGCUAUCCAUCACGGACUCGUCGACCUACCGAUCCAGCUCGCGAUUUUUCCACUCACCAAAUCUUGUACGGUGUUCAACGCAACGGUGGAAUACUAUUUCGAUCUGGAGGAUAUCGAAUGCGGCAAGCUUUGUAUUUCCGAUUUGAUAUUUGAAGAGAGCUCGGAGGAACGGAAAGGUGUUAAUGUUGAAGAUUGCAAGGUUGACUCGACGAUAUGUGUUCGUGCUGAGCCGGACUCGCGUAAUUUGGUAUUUUAUAUUUUGAAUACAUUAACUAGUGGACUGAGGGUAGAUGUUAUUUGGGGAAGUAUGUCUGAUGCUUAA